AUGAACACCCUCACUCCUGCCAUGGUUGUUGCUGUCUCCAUUAAGUUGGAUCGAACCAACUAUUCUCUUUGGCUGGCACAAUUUCUACCCAUUCUCAAAAGCCGAGAUCUUAUGGGCUUUGUGGAUGGCUCUCAUGAAUGUCCUCCAAAACAUCUCUCUGGUAGUACAAUAGUCAAUCCCGCCUACACAACAUGGAUCAACAACUCCUUAUCCAAAUCAGUGCUCUCCAUAGUUUCACGUAAUCAGACUGCUCGUUCCACUUGGCUGGCUCUCGAACGUCGAUAUGCCUCGACAUCACAAAACCGGAUUUUGCAUUUGCGCAAUGAGCUGAUGCGGACCAUGAAAGGAGACUUGUCUGUCUCGGCUUAUCUUGACAAGAUGAAUAUGAUUGUUGACAACCUUGCACUUGCUGGACAACAUGUUCUUGAUGAUGAACUUGUGCAGAUUAUCAUGAAUAAUCUUGGCCUUGCGUAUGAAAUGGUGGUGAGUGCUGCUUAA